GACUCCUGGAAGGGGAAGAGAGAGAGCGAGCGAGCGAGCGAGCGACUGACUCAGUCCUGCUGCAGAGAACUGACUCGAGGCGACGAAGGCAGACAUGGAACAUCAGCUGCUGUGCUGCGAGGUGGAGACCAUCCGACGAGCCUACCUGGAUGCCAACCUCCUCAAUGACAGGGUGCUGCAGACAAUGCUGAAGGCGGAGGAGACCUGCUCGCCCUCCGUCUCCUACUUCAAGUGCGUGCAGAAAGAAAUCUUGCCAUAUAUGAGGAAAAUAGUUGCCACUUGGAUGCUGGAGGUUUGCGAGGAGCAGAAGUGCGAAGAGGAAGUUUUCCCCUUGGCUAUGAAUUAUUUGGACAGAUUUUUGUCGUUUGAACCCCUCAAGAAAAGCCGAUUGCAAUUGCUCGGAGCUACCUGCAUGUUUGUGGCUUCAAAAAUGAAGGAAACUAUUCCUCUCACCGCAGAAAAACUGUGCAUUUAUACAGAUAACUCCAUUAGACCCGACGAAUUACUGCAAAUGGAGCUGCUGCUGGUGAAUAAGCUGAAAUGGAAUCUGGCUGCAAUGACCCCCCACGAUUUCAUUGAACAUUUCCUUACUAAAAUGCCUCUGGCAGAGGACACCAAGCAGAUCAUCCGUAAACAUGCUCAGACUUUUGUGGCUCUGUGCGCUACAGAUAUUAAAUUUAUUUCAAACCCACCCUCCAUGAUCGCAGCUGGCAGCGUGGUAGCAGCUGUGCAAGGCCUGCAUCUGGGGAACACUAACACUUUCCUCUCCUAUCAAUGCCUCACACAUUUCCUAUCACAAGUUAUCAAAUGUGAUCCGGAUUGUUUACGAGCCUGCCAAGAACAGAUUGAGUCCCUCCUGGAGUCCAGUCUACGCCAGGCACAGCAGCACAACGUAUCUUCAGAAACAAAGACUGUAGAGGACGAAGCAGACCUCUCCUGCACACCUACUGAUGUGCGAGACGUGAACAUUUAAAGAGGACUUCUUCUUAAAUGGAUUUGCUUGGCAAGAAAAGCAGACAAAGAAAGGGCAUCUGAGAAGGAAUCGGCAUCAGGAUCUCCCCCCCAGAAACCCUUUUCUCCAGGACAUUUUUAUACCAGAAGGGAAAACCAAUCUUGUUAUAUUUUUUUCUUGCUCUGUCUCCCUUCCAUCUGUGACUUCAAACAAACAAAUAAACAAAAAAUACCCCAAAAACUGUCUUAAAAAAAGAAAAAAAAUAGUAUUUGCAUUACCCCCAGGGGUUUGUGCUACAAAAAUAGAGGAUUUUAUACAAUAAUAAUCAACUAGUUUUUUAUAUUAAAGUGUUCUUGUCUGUAUGUUGUAAAAAUAGGCAUUAACACACGAAAUGUCUCCAGGGGAGGUAUUAGAUUUGAUUUCUUACAUAUAAAACAAACCAACCAACCAUUUUUAAAGUAGAAGAGGGUUUUUUUUUUUUUAGAUAGUAAAUGAAAUAUUCUUUUUCUUUAAAAAGCAUAGCUUUAACGCAGUUCUAGGCUUUUCUGUAUCUUGCUUGCUUAUGCAUUUAGUCACUUUAUAAUUCAUCUGUAAAUGUUUAUUUUAUUUC